UCCUUCCAUACAUCCUAUGGGCUUCCCGAGAAAUUAUGUGUAUGGGUCAGUAGCUUUCUAGCAGACAGAAGCAUAAAGGUCGUAGUUGACGGUGAAUGCUCAGAACCCAUGUCUGUGAAUGCUGGUGUCCCCCAAGGCUGUGUGCUAUCACCCACGCUAUUCCUUCUGCAUAUCAAUGACAUGCUGCAAAUCAGCGGCAUUCAUUGUUAUGCUGAUGAUAGUACAGGUGAUGCCUUUUACACCGGCCGCACCAAUAUUUCUCGGGAAAACGUCAUCGAGAGCCGGAACAAACUUGUGUCUGAAAUUGAGACUUCCCUAAAGGAAGUCUCUGAAUGGGGUCGACUUAACUUAGUCCGUUUUAACCCUAGCAAGACACAGGUUUGCGCGUUUACCGCAAAAAAGUUAGAGUUUGUCGCGUCACCUCGUUUUGAGAGCACUCCCCUGAGUGCCGCAGCCAGUAUCGGAAUUCUUGGUGUCGACAUUUCGAGUGAAGUCCAGUUCCGCGGUCAUCUAGAGGGUAAGGCUAAAUUAGCCUCCAAGAAGCUCGGUGUGCUCAACAGAUCGAGACGGUAUUUCACACCGGCCCAGCGCCUACAGCUUUAUAAGGCGCAGGUUCGCCCACACAUGGAAUACUGCUCUCAUCUGUGGGCAGGGGCACCCCAAUACCAGCUUCUCCCUCUGGACCGCAUCCAACGAAGAGCGGCUCGAAUUGUUGACUGCCAGCGUCUUUCGGAACGGCUUGACUCCUUGGCGCUGCAUAGAGAUGUAGCCUCGCUCUGCAUUUUCUAUCGCAUGUAUAACGGGGAGUGCUCCGAGGAAUUGUUCGGAUUAAUCCCUGCCGCUUCUUUUCGCCAUCGCCCUACGCGACAACAUUACCAUCUUCAUCACUUGGAUGGUUGGCAGUCCUCAACUGUGCGUUUCUCCAGAAACUUCCUGCCUCGCACAGCCAAACUGUGGAAUGAACUGUCGCCAGCGGUAUUUCCGGACCGAUACGACCUACAAACCUUCAAGAAAAGAGCGUACUCCCAUCUUAAAGGCCGGCAACGCGCUUGCAACCCUUCUGGUGUUGCGGGUGUCCAUGGGCGGCGGUAAUCGCUUACCAUCAGGUGAUCCGUCUGCUCGUUUGCCUCCUAUUUCAUAAAAAAAAAAAAAAAAAAACUACACAU